GAGUACACUACCGGAAACGAGACGCUGGAAAGAGAGGUGUUGGCACAGAGAAAUGUGAAGUGGCAACAUAAAUUAGUGGCCUUGAUAUAUUUCAAAGGCUGAAUAAUUGUUUGAAUACAGAAGUAGCUUUGGCAAUAAAACCCAACUAUGAUGCAGUUCAUGCUCCUGUUUAGUCGGCAGGGGAAGCUGCGAUUACAGAAAUGGUACACAGCUCACACUGACAAAGCCAAGAAGAAGAUAACUCGGGAACUCAUUACGCUUGUGUUAGCACGUAAACCCAAAAUGUGUAGCUUUCUUGAGUGGAAAGAUCUGAAAAUAGUGUAUAAAAGAUAUGCUAGCUUAUACUUCUGUUGUGCUAUUGAGCCUGAAGACAAUGAACUCCUUACACUAGAGGUCAUUCAUCGAUAUGUUGAGCUACUCGAUAAAUAUUUUGGAAGUGUGUGUGAACUAGAUAUUAUAUUUAACUUUGAGAAAGCCUAUUUUAUGCUGGACGAAUUACUAUUGGGAGGAGAGGUCCAGGAUACCAGUAAGAAGAAUGUUCUGAAGGCCAUCGCAGCACAGGAUUUACUUCAGGAGGAUGAGGCACUUGAAAACGCUCUUCAAGAGUAUGGAUUAUGUUAGAACACGGAGCAGGAAGGGGAGAGCACUCCGGGGAGGAGACCCCGCAAGGAUUUUUCGAGGACCAUGGCCUUGGAUGAAUGCGCAUGGGCAUGUUUCAAUAGUCUAUCCAGCUACACGCAGUAGAACAAAUAUAAAUUGUUUCUCAGUAAUAUUAUGGGUUUUUUUUUUAUGUUUUUGCGGUUGUCAAUGGGAUUGUUUUCUCUCUGGUAAUUUUUUAAAACAUUUUAUACAGAAUUGAAAUGAUAGUAGCUGUUGUAAGGAAACAACUGUUAUAUCUGGACCAGUUAACCAGUUAAUAGAACUCAUAGAUUCUCUGAAAAUUUUGAAUGAAAUAAUUUUGCUUUAUUAAAAAAAAAAAAUGUGGAUUCAUUUCAAACGAAGAUGAUACUUAAUACAGUGUUGAAUACAUUAUCUAGUACAGUUUUGGAACAUCAGUGCUAAAUAGUUUACAUGGAUUAUCAAAAUUUACUAUUUUGGCCAAAUGGUUAAAGGUAAGCUUUAAGUUUCCAAGGGUUUGUAACAGAUCAGCUUGAUGUUCUGUAAAUUGUAAGUCCGGUGUAUUUUUAUCACAUUGUUACGAGGUUGCUACCUGACUUGUUGUCAGAUGUCAUGUAUAACAAAAGAUUAAUAUUGCUUUCUUUAAAGAUUUAGUUUCACUGAUAUUUGGGGGUUUUUUCCCACAAAAAUCAAAGAAGUAUUAAGUUUUUCAGUAAACCAAAAAGCAAAAAUAAAGCCAAGACAUAAAUGAUAGAAUAAACGUUUCCAACAUAACUUGGUCAGAUGUACAUGUGGGAAUUGUCUGUUCAAGACCAAUCCAUCUUAUAUAGUAUAUAAUACUAUAGGUACACAUAUAAUAAGGCUUUUUGAAAAUUUGGAGAAAAAAAAUGGUAGUGUGCACAAGCUAAUUGAGUGUUAAACACUUAAUUUACAUUCCAGAAUUAUCACACUAAUUAAUUGUUAGAAAAGUCUGUUAAUAAACAUUCCAGAAUAUUACCACAUUUAUUUAUUGACAUUCCAGAAUUAUCACAUAAUUACAUGUAAUUGCUAAAAAUGUCUGUUAAUUGACAUUCCAGAAUAACCACAUUAAUUAAGUACAACAGUCACAUGAUAAGUGUUAUUUAACUGUUAGAUGUUUAUAAUUGUUUGUAACUGGGCAAGUUAUAGUAAUGAACCUGUGCUGAUAAUUGUAUGAGGGGUUUCUAUUGUUCCAAACAUUGUAACUAUAAAACCUUGUUAUAAUGUCAUUGAUGGUGUAACUGGUAUGUAACGAGUUCUGCGAUUGGAGACCUUUAAAGAGGUCAUUAAGAAAUUAAAUGAAGGUUUAAUAGUCAUUAAUGAUUUGUUACGACUUCUGUCAUUGGAGGCCCUUAAAGCCGUCGUUAAGGAAAGGAUUAAUAAGUAACUAAUUGAGGAGCAUUAUAACAAGGUUUUAUGGUAGAUUAUGAUGAUGUGUUCUGUGUGAUGUUUAACAGCUUAUUUAUCAUGUUACCACUGUAAAUCAUUCCAGGAAAAAUAUUUAACACUUUGUAUUUGUCUUUCAAUUUGUAAUUAUUGUAAGUUAAAUUGACAAUAAGAUAUAACUAGUGCUUUCUUGCAUGUGCUUUGAACAAAAGAAAAGUUUUGAAUAAUUGUUGAAUUUUGACCAACUGUGUCACAUGGAUUAAAUGAUAAAAUUAAAUUGUUAUGCCCACUGUGACUGCUUUUAGUUUCCUCCAAUCCUAACAAUUUGGCAGGUGCUGAUAAGUUUGAAAUAUAUUCUUGUGUGGAAAAUGAAAUGAAAGUCACCUGUCUAUUUCAAUAUUAGCUAUCAAAAUAAACAAUGAUAAUGAGCAUAUAUUGCUUGUGCAAAUGCAUUGUUUUGUCACAGUUGCAAGUGUGUGAGAAUACUGAUAAAAAACUGUUGUAUUAAAUCCUAAUUAUCAUAUUUAAUGUGCUGUUUGGUGAUGUAUUUAAAAAAUUUCCUGUUGGAUUUUUAUGAGAUUAUGCUUUGAUGGAAUUGUAUGGAACUGCCGAGUUCUGUUGACAAACAUAUUUGUAUGGUUGCACUCUAAUAUAUCAGAUGUCGAUGUGCUUUAGCUAACUUACAUGAAAUGUAGAAAUGCUGAUAGUGUGUUUGUAAUUGGAUGCUGAUGUUUUGCAAGGAGGUUACCAUACGGUCUAACUUUGAUGAACAUUUUAAAUACCAAUGUAUUUUCCUCUUUUGAUUUUUUUCCUUAUCUCAAGAGUAAAUGUAACACAUUCUUUGCUAUUGAUAUGAUACUGAUUCUACUUGUUUUUGGAAAGUCCAACCUUGGUGCAUAUCAUGGUCAAAACAACUCUUUUUAAUUUCCUUUUUACCCAUUAUAGAUAUAAGCAUCUUUGAGAUGCUGUUCUAGAACAGGUAAUGUGUUCCCUAUAACAUAUUAUGCUGUUCUAGAACAGUUAUUUUGUUCCCUAUAACAUAUGUGACAUACAGCAUAGCAGCCGAUAUAGAAUAUAGAAAUAGAGGUUAAGGGCUCCAAUCUGUUCCUUGUAUGUUACAGAAUCUUAUAAUUCAGUUCAGGUCAAGAAUAGCCUCGAGCUCUGUGCCACGACCUAGUUAUGAAAUAUUUAAAACAGCAAAAUGAAAUGCGUUAAAUGCCGGUUGUUGACUGACAAACUUGUAGAUUUUUACUUGAAAUCAUGUAGUAAUGAACGUCACGCUAAGCCGCUAGAGACAAGAGGCAAAUCAAGGUCCGAGUAUUACCUUGGAAAUCCCUAUCUAAAGUGCAAGAUGCUUUGACGUUUUACCUCUAGCUAGGAAUGGUAGUUGCGGGAUAAGUUUGGCUUUCUGUUGUGCUAUUGAAUUUUGAUGUACCAAGAAAUCUCAUCAAUAAAUAUGUGGAGAUGUG